UUGCAUCACGAAAGUUGUGUCUGGUCGAGUUAUUUGCAUUUAAUUUGCCGAUUUUAAUCGAAAAUUGCCGGAAAUUUAUGCUGAUUACCUCGAAUCCACAGCAGCAAAGUGUUCAAAAUGUUAAGUGUGUCCCGUAUGUGCCCAAUGGCACGGUUUUCAAUUGCAAGCCAAUCCCAACUUUUUCGGUCACCGGCUGCUCCUCAUCCAGCCGCGUUAAGGCUGGUGCAACAAUGUUCCACAAAAUCAGCACCGGAACCGGUUGACCAACCCAAACCCUCACCGGACACCGCGCAAGCAACUUGGAACCCCAUCUAUCACUUUCCGGGAAUUGUGCUCACAGCUUCAGUAAAACGACUAAAACUGUACCCUGUUGGGUUAACCGCUGCAACAGUUCCGAUUUGUCUCGGGCUAGCAUAUGCUGAUAUUUUCAAUGUUACAGCGGCGCAGAUUUGCGGAUGCAUUGGAUUCACAAGCACCUUAACGCUGCUCAUGUUCAGUUAUUUGACCAACAAUUUGGUUGGAUACGUUUACACCGAUGCCGACUGUAAGCAGGUCCGGAUUUCCUACGUUGAUUUUCACGGUAAACGUCAGGAACGGAUACAUUCGAUUGAUGACAUUGUACCGAGAUCGGAACUGAGGCGCUCGUUGUUGAAGUUUUAUUUUCCUAUUAAAAACCACGACAAUCGUGAUGUGUACAGAAUAGUGCACAAGUAUGGCGAGAUCUACAAUGAGCAGGCAUUUCAAAAGGUUUUUGGCAGAGAUUAAUGUUAGAGACGAGGUUAGAGAUAUACGGAAG